AUGAAUAAUCAAGUUAUUUACAGAUUAUACUAUUCUAAUAUUCAGGGAGAAACCUUCUAUGUUGAAGAUCAAGGCUGGGUUUUUAAUAUUAAUGAUUUAAAAUAUCCUGUCCUAAUAGGUCAUUUAACCGACGCAAGAUUAAUGGACUCGAUAGGUGCUUUAACCUUAAAAUCUUAUCAAACUGAAAUCAAUGGUUCCAUUUUAACCAAACAACAUGGAUGCAACUUCUGUGGUAAAGUAUUUCAGUCUCCGAGCGCGUUAAAAAUUCACUAUAACUCUCAUACAGGGGAAAGAC